AUGACGGACCUUGUGGUUGGCAUGGCCAAGUCGGUGGUGGAUGGGGCACUGAGCAAGGCCCAGGCGGCCAUGGAGGAGGACAAGAAGCUGCGGCAGAGCGCGCAGCGCAACCUGGUGUUCAUCACCGGGGAAUUCCAAAUGAUGCAAUCAUUUUUGAAUAUCGCUGACAGCGAGCGCCUGAAGAAUCCGGUGGUGAGGACGUGGGUGUUGCAGAUCCGCGAGCUGGCCUACGACGUGGAGGACUGCAUUGAGUUCGUCGUCCACCUCGACAAGAAGAACGGCUGGUGGCUCCGCCUGCUCAAGCCCGCAAACAGGCUCAUCAGGCCUUGCGUGGAUCUGAGUGGGGCGGUCUUGCUCGACGCGGCGGUUGACGAGCUGGAGCAGCUCAAGGCCAGGGUGGAGGACGUGAGCAGCAGGAACGCGCGCUACAGACUCAUCAACAGUGACUCCGGGUCCAAGCCGCCGACUGCCACAGAAGAACCGGCUUCACGUGUUACCGUGGGCGUGACGGCAGUCAACAGGCUCAUCGAGGCAGCCAACACUAACCAAGAGGGGCUAAAUAUCACCCACCUACUCCCCAAGGAAGGCCAUAACCUCCGAGUGAUUUCGAUCUGGGGCACUGGAGGUGGUGAUGUUGGUAUGGCAUCCAUCGCCUGGAAUGCCUUCACUGAUGAAGACACCUGCCAAAACUUCGUUUGUCGUGCCUGGGUGAAACUCAUGCAUCCGAUUGAGCCCCAAGAGUUUGUCCGGUCUUUGACGGCUCAGUUCCACGCAAACUCUUGCACAGAGGACCAAGCAUCAUCCUCUGGUGGUGUAAUAAGGAAGACCCAGGCCACACAAGACCCCCUAAAAGAUUUUGAGCGGCUUCUCACAGAGAAUAGGUACCUCAUUGUGUUGGAGGACCUUUCCACCGUGGCAGAGUGGGCUUCUAUCCAGAGGUUCUUUCCAAAAAAGAAGAAUGGCAGCUGCAUCAUCUUGUCCACGCAGCAAUUCGAGGUUGCAAGCUUGUCUGUGGGACGUCCGUACCAAGUAUUGCAUCUCAACCAGCUAUCAGCUGCUGAGCACUCUGCUUAUGCCUUCUUUACAGAGGGAUCUCAGUGCGAUGGAGAAAAAGGCAUCGCCAGCAAGAACACUGUCAACAACUGUAAAAGGGCAGCAGCCAAGACGUGGAUUGAUAAUCAUCCUCUUGUUGGACGUGAGUUAGAGAUGAAGGAACUUCAUAACAAUGUAAUUAGGACACGAGCCAGAGCCUAUCAAGUUAUGUCUGUGUGGGGAUUUACUGGGGUUGGAAAAUCAGCUCUCGUCAAGAGCAUGUUCUGCGACAAAAUUCAAGUGGUGAAGAACAACCUAUUUCAGAAGUAUGGUUGGGUGGAUGUAUCACAUCCUUUCAGUUUAUGGGACUUCUCUCGAACCUUACUUUCGAAUUUUGGUUCUGAAAAACUUCAAGACACUGAGCAUACAUACUUAUAUUCAAUGGGAAGCACAAAUCCUGUUACACAGUGCCGUGAGAUUCUGAAAAAACAAAAAUGCAUGGUUGUUAUAGAUGGACUGCAGUCCACAAAAGAGUGGGAUCUCAUAAAAACUCAGUUGCUGCCUGAAUCUAAUCGUUGGAAUGUUAUUAUAGUCGUUACAACUGAAAAAGAAAUUGCCAGUCAUUGCCAUGGAGAUAAGGGACACGUGUUGUUUAAUGUCAAAGGUCUAGAUGACGACACAGCCGUUGAACUGUUCGAAAAGGUGCUGGCAGAGGAUAAAGUGGCAGAGAUACGAGAACUUACUUCAAUAUGUGGUGGACUUCCCAAAGUAAUAGUUGAGAUAGCUCGCUCAUUCGCCAAAAACACAGAUCGAUGGAAACUUGCACUUUCUGAGAAUAACAAAUUUAUGUUAGAGCUGGAGAAAAAUGGAGAGUUUCUCAGUCUGAGGAGUCUAUUGGAUUGGAUGAAUUCGUCCUUUCGCAAAUACUCAGAUUCUAUCAAGUCAUGUAUCUUAUAUUUACCAGUUUUCCCGAGAAACCACUUUAUUCGGCGGAGACGACUAGUAAGACGGUGGAUUGCUGAGGGUUACUCCAGGGAUAACCAUGAUGAAUCUGCAGAGACAAUUGGGGAGAAGCAAUUCAAUGACCUCAUUGAUCUGAGAAUAAUCCAACAGCCAUCCAUGUUGGGUUUGGGUGACACAAGGAUGGUGGUUUGCCAAGUCAAUGGCUUCUUUCGUGAGUACAUUGUCUCACACCAAAUGGAAGAGAACCUUGUGUUUGAACUAAGGGGCAGUUGUGCCUUAACCACCCAACGCACAGGGCGUCAUCUUGUGAUAUCAAAAAGCUGGGUCCGAGAUGGAAUUGUUUUUGAGAACAUUGACUUCUCUCGGCUCCGUUCACUAACAGUGUUCGGAACAUGGAAAUCCUUCUUCAUUUCUGAAGGUAUGAAGCUGCUUCGGGUUCUUGAUCUAGAAGAUGCUUCGGAAGUAGAGUAUAAUGAUCUCAAGAAGAUGGUGAAGUUCAUGUGUCGCCUCAAGUUUCUCUCACUGCGAGGACGCCGUGAAAUCAAGCGUCUGCCAAGGUCAAUAGGCGGUCUGAAGCAGCUGGAGAGUCUUGAUGUCAGGAACACUUCCAUAGUCACCCUCCCAAAGAGCAUCAUCAAGUUAGAGAAGCUGCAAUACAUCCGUGCAGGCACCAAGGCGCCCUCAAAGAAAACAGCAACACCACAUCGUUUAGGGUACCAACUGUUCAAUUACUCAAGUGGUUGUCACGCAGUUGGUAUUGUGGUGCCUCCAGGGAUCGGGAAACUGACAGCAUUGCACACGCUUGGUGUCGUCAAUGUCCGUGCUUCAGGGACAAAGGCUGUCCUAGAAGGGCUCAAGAAGCUCACCCACUUGCACAAGCUCGGAGUGUCUGGCAUCAACAAGAGUAACAGUGACAAGUUUUUCCUUGCAAUCUCAGUUUUUGUCCGUCUGGAAUCACUGUCAGUGCAGCUCGAGGAGAACAGCCAAGGUUGUUUGAAUGAUAUAAAACUGCCUUUGAAGGGCCUGCAGAGCCUUAAACUUUAUGGGCUUGGAGACCGGUUGCCAGAAUGGAAAGCACAGCUCACCAUGCUUACAAAGCUGGACUUGGAAAUAGCCAAAUUAACAGAAGAUCGUGUCUCCGUGCAAUUGGAAGGGGUGCAAUCGGAAGGUGUGCAAUCGGAAGGUGUGGCACAGCAAAGACCAAGGGAACAUACUAGUGGCGUCAUCAAGUUCCUAAGCGAGUUGCCACGACUAUGUAUUCUACGUCUUCGUGUCAAUCAUCUUCAGGAUAAUCAGCUCGAUGUGUCUAUCAUUUAUAAUGACCUAGAGGUAGAAUCUUUUGAGAAAUUGAAGAUCUUCGAGAUUGCUUGCAGCUUCAGCAAGGUUACUUUUGGAGAGAAAACAAUGAAAAAACUUGAGCAGCUGAAGGUUGAAUGCUACAGUUGGUCGACUUUCUUGGGCCUGGAGCAUCUAGAUGAACUGAAGGAAGUAUUGCUUAAGGGUCCCAGGGACGAAGAACUGAUGUCUGAAAUCAACACAAAACUUGAGAACCACCCAAAGGUAAAGAAACCUGUUGUGAAGCUGGAGGAACAAACCUCGUCGUCCUGA